AAUUCCCCUCUGCUCUAUCCCCUCCAUGACUUAUUGACUUCGGCUGGCGGUAUUGCUGGCGGCUCCUUCGAUCCUCCCCAAAGAAGCUGAGGAACCCAGGCUGCGACGGCGGUGGUGGUGGCGACUCCUGUGUGGCACGCCAGUGCAGCCGCAUGGCGGCGCAUCCCCUUCCCAGGCUUCCCUGCUCAGCCCUUGGCUGCCCCGAUCGCCCCCAUCGACGGAUCCAUCUGUUUUCACCAAGCUCUGCAUCUCCAAUCUGGACUUUGGCAUCUCAAAUGAGGACAUCAAGGAAGCUGUGGAUCUCAAGGGAUGAACGGCAUGAAGGAGAGCAAGCUGGUGGAUCUGCUGAACUCGAUGCUCGUCGGCGACGUCCCAUGGGAGAUGUUCGUCGAGUCCUGCAAGCGCCUUCGGAUCAUGAAAGGAUCAGAAGCCAUUGGCCUCGCACCAAGGGCCAUGGAGAAAUGCAAGAACAGAAGCUGAGGAGAAGAUGGACACAUGGGUUUCAUCGGAUGCAAGAACCAGUCCAGUCUCUAUAGCUUUGCAGCUUUGCUCGUCUCUGUAUCAUACACCUCCUGAUCAGUGAAAUCAUUUUGGUGUGUCAACUGUUCUAUCUGUUCCAGUGAGUCAGUCAGUCAGCCAGUCAGUCGGUGUUCAAGUAUAAUCUUGUCAUGUACAAAAGACAGAAGCCAUGAACAUAUGUACUUGUACCUGUCCCAUAACAAUGUCCUUUUGCUUUGAAGAGAAUCUGUGCUGCUUCUAUCAAGAAAUUGUCCACUAAACACAUGUUUGCUGUGGAAAAUUUUUCUUCUUCUCCCAACCAAAAAACGAUGCAGCAUCUUUUGAUGAACUACUGGGUAACUUGUCUCUGAAGGUCACAAAAUGUUUGAUCCAUGAAGCAUUUACAAUGAAAGACUGAAAGAACUGAACUUCAGACUCA